AUGGACUUUUCGUCUUCAGCAGUUUGUGUGGGUACCCAAUCUUCUAUGCCUCUGACUUUACCUUUGGUAUCUCAAUCGAUUCUUUUUCCCCAAAUUUCUCAAGAACCCGGUGUUUCUCACAGAUCUUCAAACCAUCCAAUUUCUCGGUCUUCUUCUCUUCCUCAAAUUAACUUUUUUGGCCAAGAUUCAUCAGGGAUUCAGCGUCCUCUAUCGAUUCAGAGCUCUCUGGUUCCUCAAACUUCUUUAGCUUCUCAUCUACCUGUUCCACGACAGUCUUCGAUCGCGAAUGUUCCUUUGGUGGAUUCUGGUAACUCAUCUCUGGGAAAUGGUUUGUUAACUUCGACUGGGAUUCCCAAACCAGCGAAGAGGGUUGUUUACAACAAUGGUGAACCUGGAAUGAAAAAGAGGAUUGUAAAAGGGGAUGACGAGAAAGGGAAUGGGCAGAAUGUUGAGACUAUGCCAGGAGGAAAUCAGAAACAAGCUUUUAAAAGAAAAGAAGUUGUUCAUAAACCAGAGAUUGGAAAUAGAUUCAGUGCUCUGGCUUUUGAGGAACAGAGUAAUAUUGUGGAAAGUGGAGACAAUUUGAUUGAGCCAGCCGCACAAAUUGGGGAAAAAAAUUGUUUGCAUGAAGUAGAGGAGGAAAUUUUAAAUGUUUCAGGUAGAGAAAAUGUGGAAGUUGAAGGGGUGGAUAAAGUAAAUGAUUUGAUUACAGAAAUGAAUGUUCCUAUUGAAGUUGAUCAGGGUUCUGAAAUGCAGAUGAGAAUGUCAAAAUCAGGGGAAGAUGCUGAAAAUACUUCUUUAAUUGUGAGGGGGGUGCAAGAGUCUAAAUCUUGUGAGGAAAUUAGAGAACCAGAGUUACCUGAAAGUCAAGGGGUAGCAGGAGAGGUAUCAGUUACGUUAAUGGAGAAGGGGACUGAAUCGAAAUUCGAUGAAUGUUCAAAAUACCUCUGUUUUCCUUCGGCUGUGUUAUCUUCAACAAAUAAUCAAUGUUCGUCAUCUGGAUUAGGAAUGCCUAUUCCUGCUGACUCUUCGAAUGUUCGAAAUGUUCAAGGAGUUAAUCUGCAUUCCCAUUCUGUUUUGAUUCCUCCAUCCAUUUCAUCUUCUCAAGAUCCUUCGAUUGACAGACUUCUGCCAAAAACUCAGAUCCCGAUUACUGGAAGAGAUUCUCAGGUUCCUCUUGUUACAUCGAAUGCUCAGAAUCCUUCUACUAUUCAGGUUAUUGAAAAUGGAUUAUCUUCUGUUAUUAUGGUGAAUAUUGAUAAUGCUGCAAUUCCAAAUAUUACAACUGUUGAUGCUGAGGUGGGAAAUGCAAGGGUGAUUGGAAUGGAGGAUAUGGAAAAUGGUAGGAAUAUGGCUGUAUUGGGGCAGACAUUCAGUGCUGAUAAGAGUCCUGAUAUUGGAGCAUCUGUUGCUGAUAAAUUGAUUACUGAUCCAGUUCCACAGGAGAUGAUCAAUGUGUGUAAUAUUGCAAAUGCUGCUUUGAUUAAUGAUGUUGUGGGAGUUGAGGUUGGGUCUUUUGAUAUUUCCCCAAUGGUUGUGGAUUGUGGAAAUCAAGAGGGUGAUGGCACUGAUAAUGUUGGCAUCAGUCUGGAAUCUCCUAUUCUGCCAGAUCAUGAAG